UAUUAAUAAAUCCGAACUCCCUAAUUUUGUAUUCCAAAAAACCGAGAAUAAAAGGCAAGGCAAAGGAAGAAACAGAACCCGCCAUUGAAGCCGAUAGAGGAAGGUCCGAAAUGGAGAAAUCCGCGAUCAGGUCCGCAACAGAGCAACUCUCGCAACUCCUCCUCAUCAAACCAGAACCUGAAGAUCAGCGAAUCAACAACGACCACGAGGAUGCUGCAACGACCGCCAUUAACAUCGUCAUCCCUGUCCAACCUUUCAUUUCGCUCUGCAAUUCGCUCAUUCACGUCCUCGGUUUGCUUUCCGCCUCUGUCCCUGUCGAUCUCUUUCUGUUUCUCUCUGUGAUGUUAUCGUUCACGAUUGCAGAUAAAAUCGGGCCGACAAUGGCGGUUCUGAGGCAGGAAAUUCGUCAGAACAUUGAGCGGCUUGAAAUGGCGGAAGAAUGGGGGGAUUUGGUUGAGAUUCUGAAGAAAGAGGGAAGGGAAGGGAGGGCGAGGACGGAAAGCAGUUGUAGCAGAGCGUUUGUUUGGCUGAUUAGAUCUCUAGACUUCACAUUGGCCCUAUUGGAGAAGAUAGCAAGUAACGAAGCAGGGAUGAACAUGGAACGAGCAGUUGAGGAAUCCUACAACCAAACUUUGAAGCCAUGGCAUGGUUGGAUUUCAUCCGCUGCUUACAAGAUAGCUCUAAAACUAGUGCCUGAUACACCAACCUUCAUCAACAUAAUCAUGGAAGAUCACCAUAACUACCACACCCUCCUCCAUGACAUCCACAUUUUGAUUCCUUUGCUCUCAACUUUUGUCGAACAAGCUCACUCCAUUCUGAGAUUGUAUAACUUGAAUCGGAUUAAGUCGAAAUAGCCACUGAAGACAAGAGGAGAUCAAAGUCGAGUGUUGUCUUUGUAAAUUAUAUUUCAUUUAUUUGUAUUCCAAUCUUUUACUUGUUUCAUCUUUGGAGAACCCAUAUCAGAACGGUUCAUUGUGUUCUUGCAUUCGUUAUUUUCCAUGCUUUAAUGAUCUUGUUGAAUGUCGUCUUGUGUUCAUGGCAACCAUUGCUGAUGGACUAGCCGACCAUUUAAAGUAGAUUUAGUCCAUUUUUGUUGUUUGUCACACCGUUGCAAUGUAGCCUCUCCUCCUCCCCGUUCUCUUUCUACCGAUCGUCGACCUUCAACGUUUCCUCCCUUUGUGUUCGUCCCAACAUCGUCUUACAUAGUUC